GACAUACUGGUCACAAUACUGUUUAGUGUGGUUUACUGUAGUUUUGAUUUUCAUUUAUCUUUUCUCCUUUGAUCUUAUGUCGCUUCUUAAGAAAUAAAAAAGGAAGAGCAAAAAAUUCUUAGCAAUUACAGUAGAAUAAGGAAGGAACUUUUGCCAUAUUUAUAACCAUGUUUUUGUCACAUUGUGGUUUAGGGCUUUCAUAUAUAAGAGCAGCUUUGAAAUACAGAACCACAGAUCAUUUCAUAAAGAGAAAAACAUGAAGUUGUAUCUGUAUCAAACCAUCUUUACACUUUUGGUGGCAGUUUACUGCGUGGAGCUCUUUAAAGGAGACCAAGUUCUCAGAAUCCAUGCGAAAACUGAGGACCACCUUGAGGUUCUGUAUGAGUUGAGAGGAAACCAGGAGCUGGAUUUCUGGACUGAUGGCAUCUCUACCACUCUGCCUAUUGAUGUCCUUGUGCCUCACGCCAGUCUGUCCGAUGUUAAAAACAUCCUCAAUGCAAACAAGAUCCCUUUCACUGUCAUGAUCAACAAUGUGCAGGAACUUCUGGAUAAGGAGAAAGCAGAGAUGGAGAGUAAUGCACGGAUGGAGAGCAGUAGCAAGAUCUUUAACUUUGCUGCUUAUCACACCCUGGAUGAAAUUUACAGUUGGAUGGAUACUCUUGUUGCGACUCACUCUAAAGUCGUCUCUAAAGUGGAGAUUGGCAAGUCUUAUGAGAACCGGCCCAUGUAUGUCCUCAAGUUCAGCACAGGUGGAGCGAGAAAACCAGCGAUCUGGAUUGACGCGGGCAUCCACGCCAGAGAGUGGAUUUCCCCUGCAACUGCAGUGUGGAUUGCCAACCGGAUUGCCAAAGAUUUAGCAAAAAAUCGUGGCCCUGUGCCUAAAAUCCUUAGUGUAAUGGAUAUCUACAUGCUGACUGUGACCAACCCAGAUGGAUACGUCUUCUCCCACACAAAUCACCGCAUGUGGCGUAAAAACCGCUCUGUGACCCCUAACCCGAAAUGCCGUGGCGUUGACCUCAACCGGAACUGGAACGCUAAAUUUGGGGGGCCUGGAGCCAGCAAUGACCCCUGUACUGAGAUCUACCACGGCCCGUAUGCCAACUCUGAGAUGGAAGUAAAAAACAUUGUGGAUCUUAUCAAGAGACACGGCAACUUUAAAUCUUUUAUCUCCAUUCACGCUUACUCUCAGCUCUUAAUGUAUCCGUACGGCUACACGUGCACAGAUGCUCCUGAUCAGUCUGAGCUUCAUACUGUAGUCACGGCUGCAGCCAGUAAACUCAGUUCUCUGUACAACACCACAUAUGAAGUUGGAAGCAUCUGCAAUAUUAUCUACCCAGCGAGUGGUGGAAGCAUCGACUGGACUUAUGACAUUGGCAUUAAAUAUUCGUUCACUUUUGAGCUGCGGGACACCGGCGUCUAUGGUUUUCUUUUACCUGCCAACCAGAUCAUUCCCACUGCAAGGGAGACCUGGCUUGCUCUUAAAUAUAUGAUGAAAUAUGUUAGUAAUCAUCCUUAUUGAGAACAAAAUCAAAAUUAUUAAAGUUAGAAAUAAAUAUGGCAAUGCAUACAAUAUUUGUCUGUAUUUAUGGAUCCAGUUAUAUUAGUUUUAUUUGUUUCAUGAUGCCAAUUCUUUAUUUAUCCUAUCACAUUGCAGUAUUUUCUUAAAUUAUAGGAAUUUUUCAAUAAAAUUUGAUAAACAGUACAGAAAUAAACACUAAUGAAUUUCAUAGCAUUUAUUAUAUAAAAUAAAAUGGCUUGCAAGGAGUCCACACAUUCGUAGACCACUAGUAAAACAAUUUUAUUUAUUAGUUAUUUUGCAUUUUCAUAAUUUAAUAGAAUAUAGGGAACAAACAUACAAUUUAUAUCACUUUUAGCAGUGCUUGUAUCUUAAAAUGCUAAAUGUUAAGAGUAACAUUUUAUAUUUUAGUGCUCAAACCACAUCAUGACCAAUAGGGGGCAACAUCUGCUAAUAAAUAAAGCGCUUUCAGAAGUAAUAGUCUGUCAAUGUAUGAAAAUUGCUUAACUUACAAAUGCAAGC